AUGUGGGCCUACCGAACACACACACGCGCGCAAACACACACGCUGGCACACGGACUGACGAACAUACAGAACGGCUAUUUCAUCUGCGAGCUGCGCAUCUUCGUGAGUCCCGAGAGUGUGUUGCCCAUCCAAGUUGGCCAGUUGGGCUUGGCCAGCUCCGUGGCGCAGGGGCUGGCCGAGGAGUUGGGCGUCGAGGAUGUCGGCGAGCAGGAGGAGUACGCCAUCGUGCAGAUGAUGAGGACGACGGAGCUGACCGACGCCGCAGGUGAGAUGAGACGCGUGGGGUGGGAAAGAAACGGAAACGAGGUGACGUGA